CACGAUUCUUGAAAUACGUUGACGUCCGUGCCGCGCCAUCUUUAGAAAACAGUGAACCCAACACUGAAUGAAAGGGAGUUUUCUUCGUUUCUGAGAGCAGCUCGCUGUAUGAAGUGAUACCGUUUUAUCUCCAGGGGUUUGAUCGGUAGCUGUGGUCAUGGUCAAAGCUCAGCGCGCUCGGUGCUUUCUUGAUGUUGGCAUCAGUAAUGUGCUCGUUGGCAGAGUUGUGAUUGAAUUGUUUUCAGACAUCUGUCCUAAAACAUGUGAAAACUUCAGAUGCCUUUGCACAGGUGAAAAGGGCAUUGGCAAAGGAACCAUGAAACCCCUGCACUACAAAGGAUGUCUGUUCCAUCGGGUUGUGAAAGACUUUAUGAUUCAAGGAGGAGACUUCAGCGAAGGUAAUGGAAAAGGAGGUGAAUCCAUAUAUGGAGGAUUUUUCGAAGAUGAAAGCUUCGCUGUUAAACACAACAAGGAGUACCUGCUGUCUAUGGCCAACAGAGGCAAAGAUACAAAUGGCUCACAGUUUUUCAUAACUACAAAACCAUCACCACAUCUGGAUGGUGUCCACGUGGUUUUUGGUCAUGUGAUCUCUGGGCAAGAAGUGGUUCAAACCAUGGAAAACCAGAAAACGGAUCCCAAUAGCAGACCAUAUGCUGAUGUGAAAGUGAUGAACUGUGGAGAGCUCAUUCCUAAAUCCAAAGCAAAGAAAGUUGAAAAAAAGAAAGAGAAAGACUCCUCCAGUUCCAGCAGCAGCUCCAGUGACUCUGAGAGCUCAUCACAAUCCUCCUCUGAUUCUGAAGAAUCAGUGAAGGAAUCUAAGAAAAAGAAAAAGAAGGCAAAAAAGCUAAAAAAGAAACAGAAAAAGAAGGAAAAGAAAAGGUCAGAGGCUGAAAGCGUUGAAGAGAAAGAGCAAGAAGAGUUGGUUACAUCUACUGUGCGUCCAGAAGAAAUUCCACCCAUCCCAGAUAAUCGAUUCCUUAUGAGGGGGAAUAAAGAGGAAAAGCCCAGAGAGAGGGCUGGUAUACCGUAUAAUUCUCAGCCAUCAUAUAAUCGAAGACUGGCGAUGACACGAUCUGGGAGGAAGAUAAAAGGCAGGGGUCCACGGCGCUAUCGCACUCCGUCCCGCUCUCGCUCAAGGUCCAGAGAUCGCUCUCGGCGCAGCGAAACGCCUCCUCACUGGCGUCAGGAGUUGCAGCGUCAGCGCAUGAGGGCAGUCACUGGAGAGCGGUGGAUUAAGGGUGACAAAGGGGACAUGAAUGAAGCUAAGGACGAGGCUGCCAACGCUCCGAGAAGAGAGAGGCGAACCUCCGACACAAAGCAUGAACACACAGCUGAGGGUAAAAAAGACAAGAGGACUCGGUCCCAUAGAUCCAAAAGCAAAGAGGACGAGGGGGUUGAGAAGGAUGAGAAGCAUAGCAAACACAAGGCAAAGAAAAGAGAUAAAUCGAAAAGCCGCAGCAAAAGCACAGAAAAGAGUAAGCGGUCCAAGAGCCGAGAGAAGGGACACGAGCACAAAAGUGAUGACAAGAUAAGUCGAUCCACGAGCAAAGACAAAAACGCUAGCAAGAAAGAAAAGGAGUCAGAGCCUGAUCAAAGUAAAGAUAGAAAUAAGAGUAAUGACUCGGAUGAGAAAAAGCAGAAAGAGGACACAAAAGGGAGAAACGGUGAGAGAACUAGAACAAAGUCGCAAAGUAAGGAAAAAGCAACAGCAAAAGACGACCACAGAUCAAGUAGCAAGAACAGGGAUAGGAGCGGAGCUGCAGUGUCCAAGGACAAAGAAGAAAAACCUGAAAAGGACAGAGAGAGGGACAGGGACAGAGACCGGAGUCGGGAAAAACGACACGACUCAGAAAGGGAGCGUAAGAGGCGAGCGACAUCCAGGGACAGGGCCCGUUCGACAGGAAGUGCAGACAGAAAUAAGUCGAGAGACUCCCGCAGAGGAAGGCACUCCAGAAGCAAGAGUAAUAAAAGAGACAACAGCAAGGAUCGGUCCUCUCAGAGGAAGGACAAGGAUAGAGAAUCGGCCAACCGAAGGAGAAGACGCAGCAGUAGCAGCAGCAGCAGCAGCAGCAGUAGUAGUAGUAGUAGCAGCAGCAGCUCUGAGAGCGACAGAGACCACAAAAGGAGGAGUGACAAGAGUCCCAGUUCCAAACGGCGAGGAGCAAGUGGCCCCUCCAGGUCCAAAGACAGAAGGAGUCCAGCCAAACCAAGUCCCGACAGUACAAAGGACAAAGACCGAAACAACAGCAAGAGAGUGAAAUCCAGCUCCGACUGUGACUGAGCGCGAUGAUGUACUAAUACAACGCAUUGGGAAUACUGUUUGUCCCAAUUUUAUCCCAAUUGCAUGUGUGCUAGGAGGCAUUCGCUUUCCAUGGAGACGGGGACAUGUCCACGUUCCUCAUUCAGUGUGCAGACUCCCAUUCCUCCCGUCAUCCAAAGCAAACAUGAUUGUUCAAGAGUCUGUCAAACGUUUUUUUUUUUUUUUUUUUUAUUGUUUGGAACUAGCUGAGAACCAUUAAAGUUGCCGUGGCAGAUUGCAGCACCGUGCAAGCUUUAGUGGAGCGCUUAAUCUGACCCUGAAUGAAUGGAUCGUGGAUUUGUCCCCUCAAUCGAGUGCGUAACACUGCUGAUGUGAAGCUGAAGCUACACAGCCAGUCUGAGGAGGGAUCUUACUCCUAGAAUUUGUUAUUAAAAGUUAAUUAACGCCGGUUUUUGGGGGGGGGGGGGGGGGAGGUGUAAGGACUCUGUUUGGCCAACGCCUAAUUGUCGAGUUCUUUUUUACAAUUGUCAAUCUGGAAGAGAACACUUAAUUUCCUGCAUGCUUAGCCCUCAUUUGAUGAAAUUUGUACAUCCAUUACUUUUUUUGGGACAUCGUGACCUUGUACUGUAAUCCUAUUUGUUAACCGGUUUUGAAAUGCCUCUGGUUUGUUUGUUUUUGGAAAAAAAUGUCAGUCAUGUUGCAAGUUCAACUGGAAAUCACUGUAUGAAUUGUGUUUUGUGCAAGUCGAUUUUAAGUAGUACUGCUGUGUAGGAAAAAUUAAAAAGCUCAACUUUGA